GCCGGGCCGGCAGAACGAGCGCCGCGCGCCACGAUCCGGCGCCCCGCACCAUGAACCGCGGGAGGAGCCUCCUGCUCCGCGUUCCGCUGCUGCUGCUGCUGCUGCUGCCCACCCGGGUCCUGCCUGCGAGUCUCGGGGCGCCUGUGAACCCCUGCUGUUACUACCCCUGCCAGCACCAGGGGGUCUGCGUGCGAGUGGGCCAGGACGGCUACCAGUGUGACUGCACCCGCACGGGCUUCUCGGGCCCCAACUGCACCGUCCCCGAGCUCUGGACCUGGUUUCGGGAAGCACUGCGGCCUGGCCCUUCUUUCGUCCACUUCCUGCUGACCCAUGGGCGCUGGUUCUGGGAGUUGGUCAACGCCACCUUCAUCCGGGACUUGCUCAUGCGCCUGGUCCUGACAGCGCGCUCCAACCUCAUCCCCAGCCCCCCCACCUACAACUCAGCGCACGACUACAUCAGCUGGGAGUCCUUCUCCAACGUGAGCUAUUACACCCGCAUCCUGCCCUCUGUGCCCCAGGACUGCCCCACGCCCAUGGGCACCAAAGGGAAGAAGCAGUUGCCAGACGCGAAGCUCCUGGGCGAGCGCUUCUUGCUGAGGAGAAAGUUCAUCCCUGACCCCCAAGGCACCAACCUCAUGUUUGCCUUCUUCGCCCAACACUUCACCCACCAGUUCUUCAAAACUUCUGGCAAGAUGGGGCCUGGCUUCACCAAGGCCCUGGGGCACGGGGUAGACCUCGGCCACAUUUAUGGAGACAAUCUGGAGCGCCAGUAUCAGCUGCGGCUCUUUCGGGAUGGGAAACUCAAGUACCAGGUGCUGGAUGGAGAGAUGUACCCACCCUCCGUGGAGGAGGCGCCGGUGCUCAUGCACUACCCCCGGACCGUGGCGCCCCGGGACCAGAUGGCCGUGGGCCAGGAGGUGUUCGGGCUGCUCCCGGGGCUCAUGCUGUACGCCACCAUCUGGCUGCGGGAGCACAACCGCGUGUGUGACCUGCUGAAGGCCGAGCACCCCACCUGGGACGACGAGCAGCUCUUCCAGACCACCCGCCUCAUCCUCAUCGGGGAGACCAUCAAGAUAGUGAUCGAGGAAUACGUGCAGCAGCUGAGCGGCUACUUCCUGCAGCUGAAGUUCGACCCGGAACUGCUGUUCAGCGCCCAGUUCCAGUACCAGAACCGCAUCGCCCUGGAGUUCAACCAGCUGUACCACUGGCACCCGCUCAUGCCCGACGCCUUCCGGGUGGGCCCCCAAGAGUACAGCUAUGAGCAGUUCCUCUUCAACACCUCCAUGCUGGUGGACUACGGGGUCGAGGCCCUGGUAGACGCCUUCUCUCACCAGGUCGCAGGCAGGAUCGGUGGGGGACUGAACAUUGACCACCACGUCCUGCACGUCGCUGUCGAGGUCAUCAAGGAGUCCCGGGAGCUGAGGCUGCAGCCUUUCAACGAGUACCGGAAGAGGUUCAACAUGAAGCCCUACACCUCAUUCCAGGAGCUCACAGGGGAGACCGUGCUGGCUGCUGAGUUGGAGGAAUUGUAUGGAGACAUCGAUGCCUUGGAGUUCUACCCGGGACUGCUUCUGGAGAAGUGCCACCCAAACUCCAUUUUUGGGGAGAGUAUGAUAGAAAUUGGGGCUCCUUUUUCCCUCAAGGGUCUCCUAGGGAAUCCCAUCUGUUCUCCGGAGUACUGGAAGCCAAGUACAUUUGGUGGAGAGACGGGCUUUAACAUCGUCAAGUCGGCCACCCUGAAGAAGCUGGUUUGCCUCAAUACCAAGACAUGUCCCUACGUUUCCUUCCGAGUACCUGGUCCCCACCAGGAAAAGGGGCCUGGGAGAGAGCAGCCCUCCACAGAGCUCUGAGUGGGCAGUGCCCUAGCGGGGAGAGCUUUGUGCUGAUGUAUUGGAUAGUCUAAAAAUUGGGUUACUGGUUUGGCAUGGAGAUCAUCAAAGUUGACCUAUAGAAGUUUGGGCAUUUCACCUAUUCUUUGGAAUGUUGGGAUCCUGUGUGUCAUUCUAGAAUGCUGGAUUCUUGGCGAGCCAUCAGAGUGUUAUGGCUUGAUUCACUUUUGGUAGGUUAGAACUUUGGGCUCUUCUGGGGUCGGAGUGAUAGUACAGCAGGGAGGACAUUUGCCUUGCAUGUGGCCCACCUGGGUUCAACCCCUGGCAUCCCACCUGGUCCCCUGAGCACCACUGCCAGGAGCAAUUCCUGAGUGCAGAAACAGGAGUAACUCCUGAGCAUCGCCAGAUAUUACCCAAAAAGCAAAGAGAGAGAGAGAGAGAGAGAGAGAGAGAGAGAGAGACAGACAGACAGACAGACAGACAGACAGACAGACAGACAGACACACACACACACACACACACACACACACUUUGGGCUCCUUUUGACUACCCAGAACCAGAACAAGAAGUUUUCAGCUGGCCUAGGCCUUCCAGAAUGUGGAGCUCCUGAGAGGAAAAGCCAGCAUUCGAGAAUUCCACAUGGCCCUCCAGAAUGUGGGGGACACAUUCUGAUGGGCACUCCAGAGCCCUGUGGUCUUGACUGUUCAUCCAGAAUCACAGUGGGCAUGUCAAGUCAGUCUUGAUCUGAAUGUCUGGAUGUCUGGGAUGUUGAUUUGAUUUCAUAUUCCUGGUUAGGAGAAUCUAAUAUCUGGCAAGAACAUGUUAUUUGAAUCUGUGCCUGCACUAAUGGGGCAAAAAAAGUGGGGGUGUUCUUGGGGUCCCAGUGUAUGCACUGGUCGGAGGCAAGAGAACAGGUGAGCUUUUCGCUGGGCCCUUUGUUGGAAGCCACCCCAGCUCUGUCCCCAUCUGGAUCUUGACUCGCGCCAGCUGUUUCUGAUGAAGUGAAUAAAAUUCCUUUUCCAACUUUUGCUUUGUGUCACUUUGGGUCGCAUCUCCAGAAGGAGAGGUGAUGUGACAGUGACCUUUCUCCUAGCCACCGGCUACUUGUGCUAGAGGUUGCAACUCGAGACUUUCGCUUGGGACCUCUGAGGCUUUGUCGUUGUUUACAUCUUCCCCCAUGAUGCUUCUGUUCUCCCCACGGGUGAGGCAUUGGCUUGGCCACGCAGCGUUUUCCUGAAACACACGACUCUCCAGUCCUAGGCGACAUAGCCUUCAGAUCCCACCGUCUGAUUAGAAAUGACUUCCUUUGAGACAGAUCAAACAACAGAGAUAGGGGCCCGCUGGGGAGAGGGAACGCUUAACCAUGUGCAUAUUGGACACAUUCAAUUCUCAUUUGUUGGUACACGAAGCAGGGGAUUCAUCCUCGUUUCAAAACUGGGACUGAAGGUGAUCCAGGAAUGGAUAUCUGAGCCUAGAGGGGACACAGGUCUGGUUUUGUCUAGAGCUGACCCAUUCCCUGCCUCCUGCUUCCUGUUCCAGACCUGAUCUUGUCUGUCUGGUUCAGGGUCAAAGGCGAAGGUGGUGGGGUGCAGCCUGUCUUCCUUGCAUGCUAUUCCUCCUGUCGCCACUGUUUUCCUAAGUGCUCGGUACAUGCAAGUCACUGCCCCAGGCAUGAAGCAACAGGAAGGAGUGAUGGCAAAAGACAAGGCUUCUGCCCAUAGGGAGCCACAUUUCUGAGGAGGCAGAGAAGAGAUAAAAUAGACAAGAUGAAAACAAAACCCAAAUAAAACACAAGGUGAAUAUGAUCUUCCUUCUAGCGCUGUGUUGGCCCUGGUUUCUUGUGUCUCAAGAACUGAGACCCUCAGCCUCAGCUGCCUACACCCAUAGAACCAGCAAAGGCAGCAGAGAGGUUAGCGGAGUAAGGCCAGCGGUUGGGAGAAGGCUCUUUAAGCUGCACACACGGGACUUAGAAAUCUUUGGGGAAACCGAUGUCCCAGAGGCAAUGGGGGAAGUUGGGGUCUAGGCCGAGGGUUUCCAGGACUGGGUCUCUAGCCUUCUGGUUGAGAAAUCUCAUGUUUUCCCUCAGUUGAUUGGGCACUGCUUUCACUGCUUCCCCCUGGCCCUGGAGAAAAGGCAAUCCUCCACUGCCCCCAUUAUGCUACGUGGCAGGGUCCUUCAGCCUCAUGCCAAAGUAGGAAUGGAGUGGGAAUGUUUUGCCCUGGCCUAACUCCGAAACAUCUCCCCUUUUCUGCUGCUACUCCUACUUGGUCUGAAAAUCCUCCCCAUGUUAAUGUGGUCUUGGUGGUUCCAUGGGGGGGGGGGGGGACUCUUCAAACCAAAGGGGGCGUCUGUACAAAUCCUGGUCAAUCAGACACUGUCUCCUUAGAAGCUGGCCCCUAAUCUCACUAUCUGUGGUAUAUAGAACAAUAUGACAAGGACAUGCAAAAGAUCAAAGGUGGGCAAACCCUUCGCCCUAGAUUUUCUACGGUAAAAUAAAAAAAAAAAAAAGAAAGACAGAAAUGGAGGGGGGAAGUCAGAAGAAGUGGACGGAAGGUUACAGGGCCAAGUGGUACGGAGGUGUGGUAUAUGUAUGUAUCUCAACCACGCAGCCGUUGAUACUGUGAGCAUGGGACCCAACCACAAUCACUAAACUUCAAACUUGCCUGUUAAGGAGGCAGGUUAUGGGGUGGGGGAGGGAACCUAGAGACACAGGGUGAGGGAAGUUCACACUGGUGGUGGGUUUGGUGUUGGAACAUUGUAUGCC